UGAAUUAAUUGAAAUUUAUUUUUUGUAUAUUUAUUUAGGUUUUUUUUCAAUCUGACUUCUAUCCUAGACAUUCAGUGAUCGAUUAAAUAUACGAAAUAAAUUUUGUUUGAAUAAUAAAGCUGAUUUUACAGUAGGUCUUUUUGAAAAUUAUGAAGAAGGACGACUUGAACAACCAAAAGAAGUUUUUGUUGGUAGAUGGGUAUGUGAUGGAGCACGUCAUUUAGUUGAUAAAUAUGAUGUUCGAAAACGUUAUUUUAUUGGUAUGUUAUAAUAAACUAAAUUUAAACGUUCAAAAUAGAAAGUUCGAUAAUGGUAUUAUUGAAUUUUAUAAGAGAACUAUCGUAAAUGAUGAUUUUACACUAUUCCCAUGCAAUAAGAUCCUCUUUAAGACAAACCUAAGUAAAUCAAUGUAUAGGACGAAACAGUUUUGUUAUGUAGAUAUCUAAUUCCAGUUCUUGCUUCAGAAUAAUCAUAGAAAUUCAUGAGUCUCUGUAAUAUUUUGAAUUUGGCCAAUAGCAUAUUUACCAUUGGCGAUAAGUUUUUAUCCCAAAUUCAUAUUAAAUCAGUGGCGAUUGUUCUCUUACAAGGAAAGUUUUCCGACUAAUAAAUCAGUUUUUUGCGUCGAGACUACGUGCAUGAUGUAGAUCCAAAUGAGCUAUGAACACUUUGAAAAGAGUUCAUGCCCUUAGGUUAUUACUGUGGAGAUGCUACACUAUUACGAUAUGUUCUAAAAUGAAUGCUUUGAAUUUCGAUUUGAAAUUUUGUAUAGGGAUAGAUCUUAAUGAGAAUAGUUUCAAGUCUUUUGAUUUGUUUCUAUCCGGAAAUAAGAAUAUAAAAUCUAUUGAUUUAUAUGAGCAAUGUAAAAGAUACACUAUUACGAUAGUUAUAUCUUUGGAUAGGAAUAACGGCAAGAUCUGAAACACUCACGUUAAGGCGUGUCUCUAUGCAAAGUUUCAAGUCGAAACUCACUUUUUUUGCACCAUACAAAUCAUUUGAAAAAAUACCGUAAAAACCCAGUAUCUCCGUUGAAAUAAGCUAAUGACACAGACUCUUUUCAGGCUAUUCAUAGCAUAUUUGGUUCUACAUAAUAUACAUAGUCGUGAUUCAAAAGUAAUUUAUCAGUUGAAAAAAUUUCCUAGUGAGUAGUCGUAUUUUUAAAGAUUUUCGUCAAUACUUGGCAAUACUUCUUCUAAUGACCUUGCAGUGUGACUAGACAAUAAGAAUCAAUCAUUUAAACGCAAACUAUGCUACUUCUAAAAGCUAUGAAUUAAGUAUCUAUAAACUAAACAGUAAUAUAAAAUAGCCUAUCGGUCAUUCAAAAAAUCUAGGAAUCUCAAGUGUAUGUUAUAUUGAUUGAAAGAAUUCCGUAGAUUGAACAAUUUAUAUGACAAAAAAAACCAUUAUCGUUAAUCACGAAAAAUGAUCAGUUCAAUGAGCUCUUACAU